AUGACCGUCCGCCGGCUCGCCAUCCUCGGCUCAUGCAUUAUACUCGCAGCCGCAAUAGCAAUACGAUACAUCAGCCGCGAAGCCAAGAGCUACUGCCGCUUAAUCCCCGGCGAUCCCACCUGGCCAAGCAAAAGCCACUGGGACGAGCUCAACCAGACAGUCGGCGGGAAUCUGAUAGCCACCACCCCCAUCGCCACGCCAUGUCACAACUCGUCCUCAAAUGCUCUCUUCGACCAAGAAGCCUGCGAAGCUCUACGAGACGCCUGGUUCUCCCCAACGACACACCUGCGGCAUCCCUCGUCCCCCAUGACAUACCAGUUCACCAACAACAGCUGCAACCCCUUUACGAGCCCGGGCUCCCCCUGCUCACUGGGAUAUCUACCAGCAUACACCAUCAACGCCACCACAUCCGCCCAUCUCAAAGCCGCCGUCCAGGUCGUCAAGCACCACAACAUCCGGCUCGUGACCCGCAACACGGGCCACGACUACCUAGGAAAAUCAACCGGGGCACACGCACUGGCGUCGUUUGAGCUCAUCGACAGAUACGACGACCACGACAACACGUAUGACGGCCCCGCCAUCAAGAUGGGAGCCGGCGUCGAAGGCCUAGAGGCCUCUACCUUCGCCCACGCCCACGGCCUCAUGGUAGUCGCCAGCAACGGCCCAAACGUCGAUCUAGCGGGCGGUUUCACGCAGGGCGGCGGCAUCGGGAUCCUGUCGUCGCGAUUCGGCCUCGCGGCGGACCAGGUGCUCGCGAGGGAAGUCGUCACCGCCGCGGGGGAGCUCGUCACGACGAGUCCCACGAGCAACGCGGACUUAUUCUGGGCCUUGCGCGGAGGCGGCGGUGGGACCUACGGCAUCGUGGUCUCCAUGACCGUGAAAGCGUACCCCGAUACCUUCAUUUCCCUCGCCUACCUGACCGUCCUCGCCGAUGCGAACGCCAGCAACACCGAAGACGCCAUAUACGCGGCCGUAGGCACGUUCCUGCAGUCGCUCCCCGCCCUCGUGGACGCCGGCGUCUGGCUCGUAUGGGUUGCCCACCCGGGCGGAUUCCUGGUAACGCCCGCCAUGGCCAGCGACCUGCACCCUGCGGAGCUCGACGCCCUGUUCCAGCCCACACUGGACGCCCUGGAUUCCCUGGGCCUCCGGUACGAGUACUCCUCGGCCGAAUACCCAGACUUCCUCGCAGGCUACCACGCCUCCACGACCGCGAGCUGGCCGGUGGCGAAGGCCAACAUAGGCGGCCGCCUCAUCCCGCGCGAGCUGGUGCAGGAUGCUGACAGCCUCGCGGCCCUGGUCACUGCCAUCCGGCUUAUCGGCUCUCAGACCGUCAUGUCGGGCGCGGCUUUCAACGUCGCGGGCGCGCGCGACGACGUCGCUGUCAACCCUUACUUCCACAAGACGCUGUUCAGUGCCGUCAUGAGCACGCCGAUUAACUACACGGACUGGGCCGCUACCAAGGCAGCCCAGGAUAAACUGACGUACGAAUUACUGCCGGCGCCUGCAGGCACUCACACCGGACGGUAG